UUCAUCCGGGCGCACUCGCCUUCUUCUCCUCCUCCUUCUCGGUCAUCAGUGCCUGGCCAUGGACGUGUGGCAGGUGCCGCUGCUCUUCUCCCGCCUGCCUAUGUUCCCUUUCUUCGACCUGGCGCACUAUGUCGCCUCCGUGGUGGCGUUGAAGGAGCAGCGGGGAGCUGUGGAGGUGUCAGUCCGGAGUCCAUUUGCCUGCUGGUUUAGUGCUAUGCUUUAUUGCUUUGGUGGUUCACUUUUGUCCUCGUUGAUGCUUGCAGAACCUCCAAUUGCAUUUCUGGCCAAGGGCGCAAAUAUUCUGCUGGCAUCUUCAGUCUGGUAUCUGGUGUUUUACUGCCCACAAGACAUUUUCUGCCGGUGCUUUUCCUUUCUGCCUCUUCGUCUCCUGGUUGCAGGAAUGAAGGAAGUGACUAGGACUUGGAAGAUAGCAGCUGGAGUUGCACAUGCAGACAGUCACUUCAAAGAUGCCUGGCUUGUUAUGGUGGCUGUGGGCUGGGCCAGAGGAGCUGGUGGUGGCCUAAUUUCCAACUUUGAGCAGCUGGUGAGAGGAGUGUGGAAACCUGAAACCAAUGAACUUCUGAAGAUGUCCUACCCUGUGAAGAUAACUUUGAUAGGAGCAGUUCUUUUCACCCUGCAACACAGCCAGUACUUGCCAAUUGCAAGACACAACCUUGUGUUUUUAUACACCAUCUUUCUUGUCAUCUUCAAGGUAAAAAUGAUGUUGACAAGAUGUGCAACUUCUCCACUUGCUCCCCUUGAGGCUGCAUUAGGCCAUGUGCUUUUUGGCUUGCGAAAGGCACCUUUCAAAGUGAAGAGUGAAAGUGCCACAUCUUCCAAUCGCUCUUCAAUUUGUGACCGGCCCUCUGAGCAGCACCACGAUGGUGUUAAGAAAAGACAAGCAAAGAAAACAGAAUAAGUGACUUGAAAUCCUUGAUGGUCUUGACUGCUGAAGAUGUUUUAAUGCCAGAUUAGGCUGGCUGAGGAGUUUAAGGAAAUGCAUUUGUGAGGAGAGAACAGGACUGUGUUGUGGUUCGCCUUUGGAAUGUGUUAUAUAAGCUACUGUUCCUAUGUCUGAAUGCCCAGGUUGGAUUUGUAAGUUAAAACUACAGUUUUUUAUAUACUUACAAGUUUACUAAUUUUUGUAUUCACGAUAAUUUAAGGUGCUCACGUGCUAAAAGGGUAGUUUUGAAAAUGUGAAAAGCAUAUUUGUUAUUUUUUCUGAUAUGUCACUUGUUUCACCUCUUCCUAGCCACCAGUUCUUAUGUUUCAUUUGGAUAACAUUGAUUUGUACUGUCAAGUGUUCACUGCAGCACAUCCCAAAUAAGAAAGUCAUCAUCUGAGUAAGGCAUAAUCACAUUGUACUGUGUAAAAUCAUAAAAAUGUACCACACUAAUGCCUUUAACUAGAAAAAUGACCGAAUUAUAAUUAUUAUUAUUAUUAUUAUAUUAUUAUUAUGUGUAAUUCACAUUGCACUGGUCUAGGUUUUCUGCAUUUACUGAAAUAUUUUUCAAUAUUUUUAUAUUUUUUAAAAUGAGAGUAAAUUACUGGCACUUUAAAAAAUCUUUACAGUUAGCAAAUAGAAAUAUUCGAUAUUUUUGUUGUUGGCUUACUUUGACACUUUGCAAGCAUUUGAUAUGGAGGUGUUUUUCAUGUUACAUUGGGGAUUUGCAUGUGAUUUGUAGUUAUCGUUCAGUUCACCUGAGACUAGACAUCUCUGCCUGCAUUUUUGUCCAAGCAUAUGCACUUUUUUCUUUUCAAAGACAAACUUUCUUAUAAAAAAGAAGAUUGGACAGUACAUUUGCCUUCACUCAGCACCCUGGGCUGGAAGACAGGGAUGAGGAGCAGAAGGAAGCCCCUAUAAUCCAUGAUGGAAGGGUCAGUGACCUGCUACACCACGUAGGACACUCAAAGUCCAUGGGGCCAGAUGGGAUCCAUCCAAGGGCACUGAGGGAGUGGGUGGAAGAGCUUCCUGAGCCACUUUCUGUCACUGACCAGCAGUCCUGGCAAACUGGGGAGGUCCAAAGGCUGGAAGUUGGCAAAUGUGACACACAUCUACAGGAAGGGUUGGGAGGAAGGAUCUGGGGCACUUCAAGCCUGACCUCGGUGCUGGGGAAUGUCAUGGGGCAGAUCAUCCUGAGUGCCAUCAUGUAACAUGUACAGGACAACACGGGGUCAGGCCCAGCCAGCCUGGGCUUAGGACAGUCAAGUCCUGCCUGACCACCCUGAUCUUCUGUGACGAGGUGACCGAUCAGUGGAUGAGGGAAAGGCUGUGGAUGUGUCUACCUGGUCUUUACUAAAGCCUUUGACACAUUUUCCCACAGCAUUCUCCUGGAGAAACUGGAUGAUCAUGGCUUGGAUGAGUGCCCUGUUCGCUGCAUAAAAAACUGUCUGGAUGGCCCAGCAAGUGGUGGGGAAUGGAGUGACAUCCAGUUGGGGCCCCUCACCAGGGGUGUGCACCAGGACUCAGUGUUGGGGCCAGUCCUGUUUAAUAUCUGUAUUAACAGUUGGGAUGAGAUCAAGAGUACCCUCAGUCAGUUUACUGACAACACCAAGCUGGGCAGGAGUGUUGGUCUGCUGGAGGGUAGGAAGGCUCUGCAGAGCGAUCUGGACAGGCUGGAUUGAUGAGAUGAGGCCAAUUGUGUGAGGUACAACAAGGGGAAGUGCCAAGAUUUGCACUUCAGUCACAAAAACCCACAGCAGCGUUCCAGGCUGGGAGAAAAGUGUCUGAAAAGUUGCCUGUUGGAAAAGGACCUGGAGAUGCCAAUUGACAGCGGCUGAACAUGAGCCCAGGUGUGCCCAGGUGGCCAAGAAGGCCAAAGGCACCUGGGCAGUACCAGCCAUAGUGCGACCAGCAGGACCAGGGCAGUGACUGUCGCCCUGUGCUGGCACACCUGAGUGCUGGAGGCAGUUCUGGGCCCCUCAGACAAGAGAGACAUUGAGGAACUGGAGCAUGUCUGUAUCAGGGGUGAAUUUAUGCUGAUACUUUUGGUCUGUGUUUGGCCCAGCCACCUGUAAAAGUUUUGUUCUUUCCCUGCCAAGUUAUGAGAAAACAAGCACUGAUAAAUGGGAAAGUUGUCCUUGAAGAGAGUUCUUGUAUAAACUAUAUUUAAUUUGUAUUCUGUGAUUGGCUAAUUGUUCUCCAAGGUCGCUUGAAGGAGAAAUUGAAGACUAUAGUGAUGAAGGAAACCCCCAGACUCAUUUGGGAAAGACCCCCCCUGAGUGCAGUACGCAGGCGCAGGGAAAGCCACGCCUGCGCAGAAGAGAUGCACUUACAUAACCAAGGGGGUGGGACUGAGGGCCUCUGGCGGGGUGGUGCUGACCACACCUGCCUAGACGGACGUAUCCAGUUAAUUGUAUAAAAAGCAGUUAGCUCUUGUUGGGUAGGUAGCAAGCUUCACAUCAAGGACAACGCUGCCUUUUGGCGGGGAUGCCUGCCAAUUUGUGAACUUAGUGACUUUCCAAGGAUGCAGCUUCUGCUAUUGGUAAUUAUAGGCAUUCUAGGUUGGUAAGAUAACUUUAUGGGCAACAACUGAUUUACUGGGGAGGUCGUGCUAGGGGCUUAUUUCUCUCUUCCUUCUUCCCUUUUGGGUUUGUUUGGUUGGUUGGCCACCUCUUGGUAAUAAAUAUCAGUUUCGUUGAGCUUCCAAUGGUGUCAUGGUUUCAGAUUCAGUAUGGUCCGAACCUCUCCCUAAUACACAUGUCCAGAGAAGGGAUUGGAGCUGGGGAAGGAUCUGGAGCACUAGGAGCAGCUGAGGGAGCUGGGGGGUCUCAGCCUGGAGAAAAGGAGGCUCAGAGGGGACCUUCUUGCUCUCUACAACUCUCUGACAGAAGGGUGGAGCCACAUGGGGGUCAGGAAACAGCCUCAACUUGUACCAGGGGAGGUUUAAGCUGGAUAUUAGAAAAAAUAUAUUGACUGAAAGCGUUGUCAAACACAAGAACAGGCUGCCCAGGGAAGCAGUGGAGUCACCGUCCCUGGAGGUAUUUAAAAGCCAUGUAGAUACGGCGCUUGAGGACAUGGUUUAGUGUUGGGCCUGGCAGUGCUGGGUUAAUGUUUGACUUGAUGAUCUUUAAGGUCCUUUCCGAUCUAAACCAUUCUAUAAUGUCAGAAGCAUGGAACUAUUUAUUAGCAUUUACUGAAAUCUUGCUUUCUGCUGGUUGCAUCUUUUUUUGCUCAUGAUACAAAGCAUUUCUAAAGGGGAUACAUUUCAUAACUGAGAACUCUGACAUUUUAGAGAUGUUACAUUGCAUAAGAAUAUAAUCUUUUCAGAGGAGUCUUUAAUUGAUGUGCCAAUUUUUAGAAUAAAUUAUUUUUAUAAAAUUAGAUUAUUUGUCUUCAGAGAGUACUGCUCUGAAGAGUAUUCUUCAGCAAGAGGGGGUAGGUUAAUCUUCAUGCAGGGAUGCCAAGAACCAUGUGGAGAGAGAUCUAAUUUGAAAAGACAAAGUUCUAGUUCCAGGUAUAUACCUAAAUUUAGAAAAGCUGUCACCAGUGCUGUGCUUAGAGAAGAGAAAAAGAAAAGAGCACCAAAGAAAUUUCUUGUGCCUGUCUAGCCACAUUUUCAUGGUAGUGACCAAGACCAUUGAACUCAGUUUGAAAUCAAACUUUAUAGCAAAUGUGCUGUACCUUGAAAGCUAAAAUUACUAUUUUCUUUAACACUGAAGAAUUAAAAAAACCCCACAAACUCUUCAGUCAAAGUGACAGUAUUGGAGUAUUCACUUGGUGUUUCAUUUUUAGUAGCUUGAUAUCAGGGAUGUAUGGACUAACUUGGUGCUGCCAACUAACAAGUUAAUGAUCAACUAGUUGUUAAGAAACACCAGCAAAUGAUGCGUGUCUGUGGUUUUUAAAACUGGUGGAUGGUUUUUUGAAGAGGUGUAAUUGUGUAUACUGGAUCACACACUGGACUGAACACCUUUAAAGUAAUACACGUCACACUAAAAAUGUAUUUUGUUGUGAGACAGAACACAAGUUACGCUGAAAUAAAUCCUGUUAUAUAAGCACCAUGAAAACAAACCUUUUGUGUUUUAAAGAUCUCACAGGCUUCUGAAGGAGGAGUGCUUGAAAGAACCCCAUACUGAAUAUUUACAUUCAAAUGUUCUGAGAACUACAUUUUGUAAUGCAAAAAAGAUAAACCAAUUGCUCAGGGUUUAACUUGAAUUUUGUAGAAGGCUUAAUACACUGUCCAAGAUAAAUAAAAUAAACAAUACUUUCCUA